ACGGCAAGCUCCAUUUCCAUGUCGCGCUCUCUUUGGUACUACUGGGCAUAUCUCGCUCCUCCAUGGUCAUUCCAAAGCCGGUCCCCGGCGUUUCCUCUCAUUCCGCUUCAAGUUUUCCUCGAUCAGAUUUGAGCUUCAGUCAGGGACGCAAGGAAUCAUUGUUCUUCGAAUCUCUACUUCUGACUUCCUGGACGACUUGAGCUUGAGUUAAAGAACUCAAUCAUGACCGAGAAUUCAAUAACAAAGCAUAGUCCAUCAUAAAGUCUCCCAACUAUCUUCGUGGUGAGUAGCGGCGGCACGACCCGACCCGGUGCCUCGAUCUUAUAAGUCUUAGCGCAGAACCUCAUUUGCGCCAUCGAUUCGAAAAUGGACUGUACGCAAGACUUGCACGAAGAAUUUUACCAGUUCAGAUCUGAAUCACGGUUUAUAAAAAUCGUCAAGGGCGUUCACAGUGUCGUCAUUCUUCCAUCCCCUUCACACAACACUUUCACCCAAAGGCUUUCUCGAGGUUCGACAAAAUUUAAGUCCGAUACCAAUAUGACUUCAAGUACUCUCACAAUAGCUCCUUGUCGCUUUGAGCGAAUAGUUGCUCUCAUGUUUGAGUUUUCCGAACCAACUAUCGAUCCAAUGCCCGAGAAAACUCGUCAAGGAGGGCCACGCAACUGUUCCCUCGAGACAGUCCGUCGUUGCCUUAGCUUACCAAUUGGUUGUGAUCCAACAACUCCCUCAACUCUAUCAUCUCUCACAUUCUCCCUCGACUGCGAAGACGUCGUAUUCGUCUCCGUCGACACAAAGCGAGUGGACCUCAAAGAAUUUAGCAUCUCCGUCCUCGAUACUCGAGACCUCAAAUCUCUGAACCGCACCUCCGAUUGCUCGUCAGUCAUCAAGACUUAUAGCUACGCCUACCAAGCAGUUGGCAAGGUCGGACAACAGACAUGCGAUGUUUGCCCCCCACUUCAGCGCAUUGAGGAGCGCUGGGUCCCGCGCCUGCUCAACAACAUCCUUUGCACAGGCUCUCCUGAUCCCAAGGUGGAGGAGGAACGAGUAGUCAUCUUAGUCGGUUCUUCGAUUGGCACUGAUCCCCAAUCACCUUUCGGCAGUCCCUUCGGAUCGGAGCCCGUCGUUAAGGUUCCUCUUGUUGACAUUGUACAGCUAUGCGCUGAUGGCUUUGAGACCAUGGAGGGGCCUGUAAUCUUGGGUGUACCGGAGGAGUAUUUUUGUGAUGCCUGUCUGAUGUUCAAGGUAAUGAUGAUCUUGGCGAUUGACAGUAGUGAUCUCGGCACAACGGAGGAGCAAGAGAGGAGGGCGGUCUUGGAAGCUGUUGUUCAUGCACAUUUGGCAUAGCUGUAAGAUCAGAUUGAGCAUCUUCGUGUUGGAGUACUAAGAACGGCGAUUGAAGGGGAUGGUUGAUGAGGUAUUUAUCAAAGGAG